GUUCAGACAGAGGGCGGUCCAGCAGGUGAAAAGUGAGUGAUAGGGAUUGAGAGUGUCACAGCAGCUUUUAGGGAGCAAGCAGUGUUCUCAGAAAUGUGGGUCUCUAUAGGAUUAAUCGUUGCAGUGUUGUUUGUCGCAUUAUUCCUCAAAUAUGUGUUUGGUACUUCCGGUCCGAAUCCUUUUGAUAUCGACACGCGCGAGCCGCCCAAACCAGUGCAGCUGGAUAAAAAGGAGAGAAACAAAGUGUUGAAACAAGGCUUUUUGGCCAGCCGAGUCCCCCAGGACCUUGACGCCAUUGUGAUUGGAAGUGGUAUUGGUGGGCUGAGCAUCGCUGUUCUCCUUGCCAAGGUUGGAAAGAAGGUCCUGGUGCUGGAACAACAUGAUCGUGCUGGAGGAUGUUGUCACACCUUCUCUGAGAAAGGCUUUGAGUUUGACAUUGGGAUCCACUACAUUGGUAAUUUAGAGGAGAAUGGGAUGUUCUGCUGCAUAGUGGAUCAGCUGACCAAUGGGCAGCUACAAUGGGAACCACUGGAAAACCCCUAUGACCGUGUGGUCCUGGGUCCGCCGGAGAACCGGCGCGUCUACCCCAUUUACAGUGGCGAAAACCGUUUCACCCAGGAGCUGAAGAAGUGCUUCCCAGGAGAGGAGAAGGCCAUUGAUGAGUUCAUGAGACUGGUUAAGAAAUGUGGCCAUAACGUGUGGAUGGUUGUGCUGCUGAAGUUGCUCCCGUCUCCAGUGGCGAAGUUCCUGGCUUAUACAGGGCUCGCUAAUCGCCUGUCCUACUUCUUCUCCUAUGGCUCACGCAGCCUGGCUGAGGUGGUGAACAGCCUCACAGAGAAUAAAGAUCUCAGGGCUGUGCUCUGCUACAUCUUCGGUACCUACGGAAACCCCCCAAAAGAAGCCAGUUUCUCCAUGCACAGUUUGCUGCUAUGCCACUACCUGCCCGGUGCCUGGUACCCUAAAGGAGGUGCCAGUCAGAUCGCCUAUAACAUGAUCCCCAUCAUCGAGAAGGCAGGAGGAGCCGUGCUUGUCAGAGCAUCAGUCAACCGCAUCCUGCUCAACGCCGCCAACGAGGCUAUAGGGGUGAGUGUGAUGAAGGGACAAGAGGAGGUCCAUGUGCACGCUCCCAUCGUGAUCUCAAAUGCAGGAAUCUUCAACACCUACCAGCAGCUACUGCCUAAAGAGGUGCAGAUGAAGGCAGCGAUCCAGAAGCAGCUGAGUAUGCUGAAGCAUGGAGAAGCCGGCCUCAGCAUCUUCCUGGGUCUAAACGGGACAAAAGACGAGCUGGGCCUCAAAGCCGACAACUACUGGCUCUUUUGCGAGAACAAUCUAGAUGAGCUCUUAAACGGCUACGUUACAGGAGAGAGGGAGGAGUCAGUGAAAAGCCUACCUCUGCUUUUUGUUGCCUCACCAUCUGCCAAAGAUCCCACCUGGGAGCAGAGAAUGCCAGGUAAGUCCACUAUGACUGUGGUCAGCUUCGCCCCCUACUCAUGGUUUGAGGAAUGGAAAGACGAGAAAGUCAAGAACAGAGGGGUCGACUAUAAAGAACUUAAGGCGACCAUCAUCAACUCUGUUCUGGAAGUGGUAACUCAGAAUUUCCCCAAGAUCAAAGACAGGAUAGAGUACAUGGACGCGGGCACUCCCAUCACCAAUCAGCACUAUUUAGCAGCUUCUAAAGGAGAGAUCUAUGGAGCUGACCACGGCACUUCCCGCUUUACUGCCGAAGUCUGUGCCACCAUCAGACCACAAACGCCCAUCAAAAACCUCUUCCUCACAGGUCAAGACUUAGUUUCAUGUGGUUUUGCGGGGGCCAUCGCAGGAGCUAUGGUCUGUGGCUCUGCUAUUCUCAACCGCAACCUUUACAUGGAUGUCAGCGUCCUUAGAAAGAAACUGAAACAUGCCAACUCUAAGAAAGUCCAGUAACCAUGCCAACAUGCACUGAUCCCCAGCUGAUUCCAGUACCAGCAAGAAGGCACAUUGCAAACUGUUUAAGCAAGUAAAUUAAUGGAAUUAUUAUCACAUAAUCCUCAGUAAAUUAAUAUCUGCUCUGAUAAUCCCUGUUUUUUAAUAAUAUGUGACUACACUAAUGCGUUUAUACAGAAUUUUAUAAGUAAAUAAAAUAAAAAAAUAUAUUUUAUUUUAUAAAAUAAAUAUAAAUAUAUAUAAUAUAUUUUAUUUUAUGUAUAAAUUGUGAUAAGAUGAUGGAAAGUUUAUUUCAGUAUUGCAGACUACUGUUUUGAUGAAGUGUUGAUGCUUGAAUCAAGAGUACCAUGUCACUGAUGACUUUUGAAAGUUUUUGAAAAAAAAACUAAAACAUUUACUAUAGAUUUUCCGCACCUAUUCGAUCAGUGAACGUGAUAAAUCAGAAGAUCAAACUGAGCACAUCUAGAGUUUUUCAGCUUUUAGCGUGCAUAGGAUUUAACAGGAAAUUGACAAGAUGUUGUGUGAUUCCUCCGCGGCUGCUAUAAUUUUUCAAACCACAAGAUGUCACCCUGCUCUCUGUUUACAGUGUUUCUGUCCAUCACUAAAUUUAACAAUCUUAAUUAGAAAGAAAUGGAAGCAAUGGUGUCAAACACUGAAUGUAUUUUUUUCUCAACUGGACCUCCUAGAUUGCAGCCAGACAAGGUACAAGUCUGGCAUUCCAUGAAACUGCCUCCAAAAAACUGCCUCUUUGUAAUUGCUUAGAAUUUCUUUUAACAUCUAGUAGCUAACUUUAAUACUUGUGGAUCACCAAAUAUUUAUGUCUACUCUUGCUGACAUGGGUAUCAGGUCUGGAUGUAGAUUUUAUCUACAGGAUGAUCUUAUCUUGUAACAUGGAGAGCUUCGGUUCUUUUUACCUUACAGCCUCACUAGAGGAGUUCCCCAAGGCUCGGUUUUCAGUUCUCUUUUAUUCACCUCUAAAUCUAAACUAAAUCAGUGGGCUCAGUGAUCAGAUCCCAUGACUACAACUUUACUUCUCUUUUCAUUCAUCCUCUGCCCAAGUCUCACAGUAGAUAUCUGACUGACUUGCUGGAUAGAAACCCAUCAUUUGAAACCAAAAGUUGAAGAAAAAACAGACAAACAAAUAAUCACUAUCAAACCCCUCAUAGUCCAUCCAACAUGCCCAACUUAGAAACUUGGUGUGGAGCUCGACUUCUCUGAUCACAUUACAUAUCACACUACCAGAUCCCUCCGAUGUCUUCUUCACAACAGCAGAAGAAUACAAACUCUACUGAUUUCAGAAUCUGCUCAAUUUCUCAUACAAGACUUGGCUAUUGCAGCUGUACUAAGAAUCUUCAGAAUGCUUCUGCUCACACACUUUAUAACCUCCUGAAGUCUCUCAUGUGACCCCCGUGUGGAGGUCUCUCUACAAAUCUGUUGCAGCAUGACUCAAAUUCAGAGCUCUUGUGUGGCCCAACAGAAAAGCAUUUACCCUGUUGUCAGGAGAUCGCAAGUUGCCAACAAUGCCACAGCUAUCCGUGGCCUGGAGCCAAGGGAGCAAAAUUAGCCGUGCUGUCUUGAUGGGAGGGAUGGCAUACUCUCUCUCCACUGUCAAUCACAGUGAAACCAGUCUAUCUCAUGUAAAGCACAUUCCUUCAAGUCUGUUAUGCUGCCCUGUGACGUAGCAUGAGCAGCAGUCUGAGAAGAUGAGAUUGGCUGGCUUCCUGUGUUUUGGAGGAAGCAUGUGUUAUUCUUCACCCUCUCUUGAUGCUAGCUGUCUUGUAAUAGGGGAGAGCUUGGUAGUGGGUGGGAAUUGUCAGGUCGCUAAAUUGGGAAGAACAUGGGGGAAAUUCAAAACUUUUCUCAGAUCUUCAACAUGAUUUUCAAAACUUCCUCAGAUCUUCAACCACUCCAAGCUCAGAUCUUCAUCCGCAAUACAGAUCUUCAGACGUUCCUCAGAUCUUCAACUGCUCCAAGCUCUUUAGUGAUGGAAUCAUCUUAUAAUAUUUACGAUUGCAGUUUGUUAUUCACUGCACUAUCAUUUAUCAUUUAUGCACUUGCUUAUGUUUAUACUUAGCUUUUACUUUUUAGUUAUCAACUGAACUAUCUUCAACUCUGACCAGGAUCAAGCAGUUACUAAGAAUGAACGAAUGAAUUAGUUAUUGACUGAACCAAUCUAGUAUAUGUAUGAACCAGCAUUCAUUUCUGUACAGUGUGGUUUUUGAAUCCUUACAGUGUCUCUAAAGACUGUUGUGCAUUUAGCAGUUCUUUUUCUCAGUCGCUCUGAGAAAAAUAAGCAUCUACAAAAUGACUAAAUGUAAAAUAUCAAUAAAUUAUAAUAUAACUGCUGCUGUUUGAUUUAAGUCAACUGUGAGUUCUCGAGUUGUGAAUGCUUUUAGUGAGACACUUAAUUUUUUUUCCCAGCACUUUAUUUUAGUAAUUUUAGUUAAGUGAUUAUGAUUAUAUCCUCAAAUGUUUUGCAGCAUGACUAUCAUCAUUAUGGUUGUGUGAGUGUGUAGACGAAGUCUGUGACACUUCUGGCAUGUUGCACCUGAAUUUGAUUUCUUAAUUUUGUCAAUGUUUGGUGUUUGAAAAAAAAUUCAAAAACCCAUCAAAUCAGGAGUUGUUAAGGAAGGCCGAACUUGUGACCAUUCCUCCUAAGGUGCUGUAAUAUUUUAGUAAUUCUUUUCAGGUAUAUUAAAGGAUACCUUUAUGGUUUAAAAUCAUUUUCAGGUAUUUGGUAUUAAUGCAUAUUACACUAAUCACUAUAUACUGUAAAGCCCAGAACAAAAGAAUGGGUUCUCUAAAUAUAGCUUUAUUGCCACAAAUGUAUUGAUUAUUUCUGUUUUGUGUUUGUGUUUGUAAUUCUUUAUUUUGUAGACUAAAUAACUAACUGCUGCCUUGAUGAUUUUGAAGACUAAAUAAUUAUAUUCAUAUUCUAGUAUCUAAACUUGAGGAAAAUGCUUUAAAUUUUUUAAUUCAAACUGAAUAUGUAGGACUUGGAGUGUAUUUUAAAGUAAUUUGUUAUAUCUCAUGUACUCCUGUUUGACAGGACUGUUUAACUGAUAUAACUCUGAAAUCAGACGUCUUUCUGGCUGUGAUGAUGUGUACUAAAUGCACACUCAGGCAAUAAACCAGCUUUGCUGUUGUCA